GAAUUAAAAAACUGAGAGAAAAAAAUUUUUUUUGGUCGAAAAAUAAAUUGACUGACACUGGGGGGUUAUUUUUAUUUUAUUUUUUGCUUUUCACACAUUUGGGGACGGAAAUUAUGGACAGAUUUUGUGUUUGGGUUGUUGAGAAUAAUUAUAAAUCGAAAUAUAAUUAUUUUUAUAUAAACCUAUAAAUCGAUGCGGCAAAUAAAAAUGGUUGGAAAAUGGUGAUUGAAAUGGGGGGAAAGAGAAGAGCUUUUUAAAUGCUUUUUAUUCUAUAAAGCUUUUCUACUUUAAAAUAAUCAUCUUUUUGAAUUAAAAAUAAUUUUUUCUUUAAAUUUAUUUACAGAUAAAUCUACCAUUAAAUAACAAAAAAUAUUUUUUCAUUAUAAUUUUAUAAAAUCAAAAAUUAAUGGGCCAAAAACAUUCUAAAAAAUAUUCCCUUAAAAAUGGUGGAACUAAUCGACAUUCAACUGAAAUUAAUGAUGAAGUCGCAUUUCCACCAACAGCAUCAACCAACGGCCGAACAGCUUCUGACGAACCUGUAGCAGUUUGUAUAUCAACAGAAAAGAAUGGUGAUUAUAUUCAAAAUGCAGCAACAGAAAUGGCUAAAGUUUGGACAGACAAUGCUGUAGUUUCUGCUGAUAAUAAUGAUGAAAAUAAAGGAGAAUUGGAAGAAAUAAAUGAAAAUAAAUUGGAAGAACCAAUUUUGGAAAAAAUUCCAAAAAAUGAGGAGGAACAGAAAAUUCAAAAUUUAAAAGAAGAUGACCCAAAAAUUGAAAUUUCGAUAGAAAAAGAAAAUAAUUCAGAACCAAAAGAAGAACAAAAAACUGAUGGGGAUGUCGAUUUGUUGGAAAAUAAUAAAAUAGAAGAAUCGGAAAUUAAGCAAAAGGAAAAUUUGAAGGAAGAAAAUAUUUGUGAAAAUAAAAAAGAAGAAAACAAGGAAGAUAUUAAUAAUUCAGAAAAUAAUCAAGAAUUUUGUCAAACUAGUAAGGAGGUAGAAGAAGAAGAUGAAAAAGAACCUUUAAAAGAGAAUGGAGAAAUUGAAAUAAUAAAAGAAAAUAAUUUUGAGGAAGGUGGGAAAGAAGAAAAAGAAGAAUUAAAUAAAUUGUCAAGACAUUUGGAAUUGGUCGAAGAUGUUCUUACAAACAACAAUCAUACUAUUCCAACAGAUAACUUAGAGCAAUCAAUUGUGUGCAAUACAGGAAAGCCUAGCGAAAUUUAA